UGUGAUUUAAGAGCUGAAAAUGGAGCACAGCCUCUGUUUCAGGAUGGUCACGGAGUAAAAGUGUGGUGUUAAUUUGCAGCCCCAGGGAAGGAGGGUGUUUGUGUUGCAGGAACCACAGUGCCUAUUUAUUGCCGGAGGGGACAUGUGGCAGCUUCACUUGUUCACUCUUCUUGAUGUGACUUCUCAUCACUUGUUUUGAGCAGCUUCCAGAGCAGAGGACCCUUGGCAGCGUGGGGCACUCCAGCCACUGAGACCAGGCACAUUCUGUCUUCAGAUCCUCUCUUAACAGCUGUUAGUUUGUUUUCAAUGAAUUUGGCCAAACGUUGAUGAGGUGUGAAAGUGGUGACUGCAAACGUGGGGGAGGAGAGCAGGAACGCUAGAGGAGCACGUCAUUGCUAUAUCUAAACCUGGAGCUGGUUGAUAAGCACAUGAGGGGAGCUGAGCUUCCUCCCUGACACCAGAUAGGCUGAGUGAGAAGUUGUGCAACCCCUUAAAGCUUGUGGAGGUGUAAUAAUUGUGUGGGGAACCUGCCUGGUUAAAAAAAUCCCACCAGGGUUCCUCAUGUGUCUUGGUGGGACACCAGUUUGUUCAUUUUGGUGGGGGUAGGUUUCAGUCUCUUAUCCCUUAACAGAAUGAAGCCAGAAGCAGUGUGACUAUACUGGAAUGUUGAAUUACUGAUAGAGUCUCUACAGCCUGCUGGAAAACUGUGUCUGAGGGUGUUGGGAUUGUGACCAGAACCUUCCCCUCUGGAUAGGAAGGAAGGAAAAUGGAGGCUGAUAAGAAAUUGUUUCUUGCAAGUGAUGGUCCCAUCUGUCGAAUCUGUCAUGAAGGUGGAAGUGGGGAGGGACUGCUUUCCCCGUGUGACUGCACAGGAACACUGGGCACCGUGCACAAGAGCUGCCUGGAAAAAUGGUUAUCCUCCUCCAACACAAGUUACUGUGAGCUCUGCCACACAGAAUUUGUUGUAGAGAGAAGACCGAGACCUUUGACAGAGUGGCUGAAGGAUCCCGGUCCCCGCAAUGAGAAGAGGACACUCUUCUGUGACAUGGUGUGUUUCCUGUUCAUUACUCCCCUGGCUGCCAUCUCGGGCUGGCUGUGUCUGCGUGGAGCCCAGGAUCAUUUGCAGUUCAACAGCCGGCUGGAGGCCAUCGGACUCAUAGCACUAACCAUAGCACUUUUCACAAUCUACGUCCUUUGGACGCUGGUCUCGUUCCGGUACCACUGUCAGCUGUACUCGGAGUGGCGAAGGACCAACCAGAAAGUCCGUUUGAUGCUCCCGUCCUCGCGGAGCCCUCACCCCGUGCCCCACUCCCUCCUCUCCGCCAAGCUCAUGAAGAAGAGCGCGGAUGAAACCACCGUGUGAGCCCGUCCUGCCUGGCUGCUGGGCCGGGGCAGCCCCUCAGGGCUGGCACAGACGAGGAGGGCCGGGUGUCCCCACGUGCACACAGGAAACGUGGCAACUGUGGAGGCCCUCGGGAGCAGUCAUCCCCCCCAAAGGACUUUGCAGUCAGUGUGUACUUUAUACCGUGGCAAACAGACAGAGAAUUGAUCACUGUCAUGUGAAAUGGCCCAAAAGAGCCAGAUGGUAGAACGUGCCUGUCUGCAGGGACACUUUCCUAUAACUCAAUACCAUACGUGGAAAAUAUCUCCCUCUCUAUAUAUAUCUCUAUAUAUAACAUUAUUUUUUAAUGGCCAUGCAUAUUGUGUUCCAGUCCUUUUGUGUUGAUGUUCUAAGCUUCAGUUCUAGAAGCUGGCAGCCUGAUCUCAUUCAGAGGUUAAAUCUAUGCCUUUUCUCCAAAUGAGCUUACAAAGAACACUUUGAAGAACAUUGAUGACAAAUCCCCUUCUCCUUUGCACUAAGUUGGUUUUGAUAAUCCUGCAGCAGCCUUUCCCCUUCCUCUGGUCUCUGUCGUGCUGUUUCUGUCCUUUCUAGAAAGUUGUGUGUUUUUAAGAGUUAUUAUAAUCCCAGAAGGAGUAAAAUGACGCAGUUCCGAGCAGAGCCAUUUUGUAUUGGAAAGUAUUGGAAUUCUGAGAAUUUCACAACACGUUUCAAAGUGAGAAAAGCUCUUCCUGUGCAGACGUGAUCUCACAGAACACUUUCCUUGCGGAUCCUGGCUCAUCCCCAGGUCUCGGAUGCACUCAGCUCUUGCUGUGUCUGGCAGAGGUAGAUGGAGGGUCUGAGGGUGGGAGGUGAUGGCUCGGACGUGCUAAACCCAUUAUUGCCUUCUGCUGUUAAGGUUCCAAAAGGAGCUUUCCUGAGCCCAAAAGGGGCAAGCUGGAGUCUCUGUUUGCUGAUGUCCUUUCACCACCUUGAGGCUGGACCUCUCGUAGUGCUGGUUACACACUCCCCUCACAGGACAGGCCCUCACUGCAGCCGCUUGGCAGGAUGCGGCUGGGCUCUGCUGUCUCUGUGCUUCAUUUGCACAUUCCUCAGCAGCAGCUGGAGGAGCUGCUGUCAUUGGGAUCAUCCCUGGAAGUGCUCUGCCUGUUAGGUGUCCUCCGGUGAAACACCCCGAGAGCAGGGAGGAGGCAGGCUCCAAGGUGCCCGUGUCCUUCAGGGGGUGGUGGCAGUCACAGACUGCGUCCCGCUGCUCCUUUGCUGGGCACAAGCAGCCCAGCUGCAGUUACAGCCCCUGCACAGCAGCAGAAGCCUGCUUCGAACUGGCUUGUGCGAUGGAGCUGCUGCCUCCACACACACCAACCACCCUUUGGCAGUGGAGCUGCGCCACUGCUCUGUGCCUUGUCCUGGCUGCUCCUUUCUUCAGCAACUCCCCAGCAACCCCCUGGCACCAGGACAUUCCCAGUGAAGAGAGAUGUGGGGGGUUCGUUUCCUUCCCACCCCUGCUGUUCCCAGGAGCUUGGCCUUGCACCGUGUCUGGUUCUGGCAGGUGAUGAAGGAUGCGCACUCCCAGAGCACGUUCCCCUCGUAAGGACUCUCUGAAGCCAGUGUUUCUCCCUGUGGAUCACUGUGAUCCACUCACUGUGGAUCCAGGUAUGAACUGUGAAAGGCAGAAGUCCCUGGCUGGGGGCAGCAGGGGCCUGGCCCGGUGCUGCUGCAUGGCCAUGGCUUCACUCGCAGCUUCGUCCUCUUCCUCAGUAACUGGAGUUGUUGCUUGUGCCCCUGCAGAACCCAGCAGCGGCUCCUGGGGUCUUCUCCUCUUUCCCAGAGGAGAUGCUCAGCUCCUGGGUGUGGGAAAUGAGUGUCUCUGACCUGCCACAUGCCAGUGUCAUGGGGAAACGGGCCGUGCAAUUGAGUCAAUAAAAGUGAGACAAAGCUUGG